AUGGAAACCAAGGAGGAGGUUAUUCUUCGCUGUCAGGUAACUUAGGUCCCCAAUAUUUGUCUUGUUAGCAAGGCACACGUCCAUUUCUCACCAUAUAAAUCAGUACUUUUUCGGUUGUAGGUAAUUCUCAUCAGACGGCACCACCUGCUUUUCAUACAGCGACAAAGGUAAGAACCGCUUUGGUAGGUCAUUCGAAUCGCAUGUUUGUUAUGGACAAAUAUUCAGAAUUACGAAUAUUUAAUGAUUUGUGUAUCUUUUGAUCUCUGUUCAUACGAAACAAAGCACGGAAUAUCACUCCGCGAUAAUAUGGCAAUAUUCAACAUAAUAUUGUUUUGACAUAACACUAAAUAACUAUUGUUUUUAAAUAGUUUGUUUCCACUCACUACUCAAUCUCAUGGUGAGUUAAGAACAUGUAAAAAAGCGCUUCUUGGAGAGAGUGCUCUAUUCUUACAGACGGAUAGUCUUCUUUGAUAUUUAUAUAUAUGUUUAGUCCUUGGUAUCCAGUGAUAAGAGGUUAAAAUGGUGGAUUUUUUACUCGAUGAUGCACACGUUCUACAGUUAAAUUUCGUUGUUGCGGUCUGUAAUCUUUUUGCAAGACAUUGCCCGCCACUUUGAAGCCUGCAUUUUCCUGUAAGAACCACAAAACGGUUCAUUUUCGAAUCCAAGGGGCAGCUUAGAUGCAAGACGCACUAAGCCUUCCAAUCUUCUUGUGGUGACGUUCACUGAAGCAGGUGACAUAGGCACACAACAUUAAGAGAAGCUUUGCGUCCGGAUCACACUCCCACUUUUCGGACCUCUAUUAUGUUCAUGGCAAGAUAUCUAAUAACUCACUUAACGUUCAUUUCCAGGGAAAAUUGGGAGAACAACGUUCUACAACAUGUUCAAGUAAGUACCAAGGUAUCUCAUUAUGAUAUUCAGAAGUGAUUUCCCCACGAUCAAGGAGCUUGUUAAGGUACCAACUGUUAACUGGAAUGUUUCCUCAAUUAUAGACGGAAACAGCUGAAAUAAGACAGGAGUUUGAGAACAAUGAUGAACAAGAAAGGUAAAGUUUAGAUUAAGAAAAGCUUUGCGUCCAGAUCACACUCCAACUUUUCGGACCUCUAUUAUGUUCAUGGCAAGACUAUUAAUUCAGUUAAUGUUCAUUUUCAGGGAAAAUUGGGAGAACGACGUUCUGCAAAAUGUUCGAGUAAGUACCAAGGCAUCUCAUUAUGAUAUUCAGAAGUGAUUACCCCAUGAUCAAGGCGCUUGUUAAGUUACCAACUGUUAACUGGAAUGUUUUCUCAAUUAUAGGUGGAAACAGCCCAAAUAAGACAGGAGAUUGAGAACAAUGAUGAACAAGAGAGGUAAAUUUUAGAUUAUUGUGGCUCAUAAUACCACUACCACCACCACUACCACUGCAAAAAGUGACUAAAUAAGGAUAAACCAUUCCUCAAACUUGCCAUUCCAUGCAUUCCAUGCAAAAUCAGUGUAAACAUCUACUGGAAGCUUUACACCACUCCCCUUAUUCUUCUUCCCAACCAGCAACAAUCACCUCUCUUUUAGUCUUGGAAAUACCCAAAAUCCAAAGCCCCUUCUCUGCUUCUUUCAUAAUUCUGUUAUCGAUAUUUUAUAGGAUUCGACUGGAAGAGGGAGUUACGAUGGCAUUGUAAUAUAACAACAGGUGCUGAAAAAAGAGCAACAGAGGUGGGUCAAAAUUGUCAAAAGAGGGAAGCAAGGCUUGUGAUAAUCUGUGUAGUACCUCUUGUAAGCCUCAAUGCACAAGAACACAACACGUAGCACAGGAUUUUCUCUCCUUGCCACAAAAUAGACACGGAUUACCAGGAUUAGUUUUGAAUUGACUUCUUGACCAAAAGGCUCACUUUGUUCUUAUAUUUUAAACAUUUCUACUUCUUCUUUCUUUUAUAUAUAUCUCUACUUCUUUCCCAAACACAUUUUAUCUAAGCAUUCAAGACUUACAAGCAUCUGUUGGAAUGUGUCAUCAUUGUCAUCAUCAUUAUCAUGUCAUCGUCACCAUUAUCAUGGUCAUCCUCACUAUUAACAUGUACCAUAACCAUCAUCAUUAUUAUUUACAUGCCAUCAAGUCACAAUAAAACUCCAGAACAAGCAUUAAAAGUGCUCGUUGUAACUUUCAUCAUCAUAAUCACCACCACCAUCACCACCACCAUAUUAUCAUCGCUAUUAACAAAUAAUUAUCAUUCUAAUUCCAUCACCAUGAUCAUCAAGAUCAUCGCUCUCACUUUUAACAUGCACUACCACCACCACUAUCAUCAUCAUCAUCAUCAUUAUUAUUUACAUCUCAUCAUUGCCAUCAAAUUCACAGUCAAACUCCAGAAGAACCAUUAAACAAAUUCAUUAUUUGAACAUUCAGCAACAUCAUUAUUAACCUGCCUCCAUUGUCGUCAAAUCACAAUCAAACUCCUGAAGAAAGCGACUGAAACAGAGGAGUUGUCCAGUGAUCCAUGUAAUAUCCACACAAUAUAGAUUCAAGUGAUCCAGCUUGAUUUCAAUUUGAGCAAACAUUGUGAGACCAAUAGGUCUAGAAAACAUCACCUUCAGCAAUGGUUGUUAGCCUUUAUCUUCCAAGAUCCAAUUCUUCUUUGGAAUCUAAGGGAUUUAAGAAAAGAAAAAAGAACGUUAACAUUACAAUACAAAACGUGCCAAACUUUUUAACAGUAUCACCACAUAUCUACAUUCAAGCCAAAACUUAAUAGUAUGAAAUUGAACGGAUGCAAUUUUAUUCUAGAACUGCAGGGGGCGAAGCUACGUACGCAAAUAAGCAGUCGCGAAAAGAAAACCUUCAAAAAAAUUCAGACUUUAAAGGGAUUCAAAACCCAUCACCACUGUGAUACAGGUGCAGUGCUCUUGUCACUGAGCUAAAGAGCCUACUAGCAUCUGGCCACUCAAUGAGUUCGUGUUAUAUCCGGAGUAGAUGAAGAUAGGAAAGUGAAUAAAUGAAAUUUUGCUAUUUACAAGCAUGUUGCUGGCUUUCUAGAAGCACUGUAGUCUCAUUUAUACAGGGUUAACAUAGAUCUAAAGUAAAAUAUUAAAAAAAGGCGAGAAGGUGCCUGAAAUUGUGUUUAAGACAAUAGACACAAUUACAUACAGGUAUUCGUCUGACUGGAAUUUGUGACUAAAUUUACCUUAGGUCGAGGCUAACCCUGUAAACAUGAGUCUUCAGUGCUUCUAUUCAGCGGCCGCAGCAAAUUCGAAACUGGAGCAUUGCCUUCUUGAACUAUCUUGUUUGAAAGUGUAAUACUAAAGUAAUCUUCCUCUUUCUUAUUUGUUUUAACAGCAAAAAUAUGGCAAUCAGGAUGAAAAGUUUGGAAGUUUUCCUACGGCGAGAGAGAUUAUUGUAUACUACCAUAUUUAUGUGAAGUAAUUUAAAAAUACUUAUUAUUUAAAAAAUUUUGGUGUGCUAGCUAGCUACUGACUGGAAGAACCCAUCAAAAUUUAUGUACUUGACCCCAAGUUAGCCAUCCAAAAGAUAUUGAUUAAAAUGGCGAAAGAGAAGACUUUAAUAUAAUUUGAAAGUCUAAGCCAGAUUUAUAAAUAAUGGACUUAUUUCAUAUCUCCAGAGAGUAUUUAUGUUCAUGUAUGGUAAUGAACAGAUGACAGAGUUUAAGAAUAAAAGAAAGGGACUUAUUAUCUAUUCCAUUACGAUAAUAUUUUGUAUAAUAUUAUGUCUUGUUUAUUUAUGUUCAGGUACGAUUAUGUAUAAGUAAGAUCGGUUCUGGUCAAAAAUAAAGUGAAGUUAUUGGAAGCUGUCUUAAAAUAUGCUGGCCAGCCUACCACACGCCCCCUUCCUUCCCCAUUUUCUAAACAUUACAUAUUUCAUUAAGAAAAGGAAACGAAGCAUGUCGUAUAACUUGUAAUCGAUAAACAUUCGGAGGGUGAUAGUGUCAUUCCAUAAUUCCACUCGCGUUCUUAGGUCUUACCAGCGAUUGUUGCAAGCUUUCGGUUAUCGAAGAAGGAUUCUUAACUAAGCUGGUCCCACGUAGAAAUUAAUACAACAUACACAGGUUAAAACUUUCGGUCUAAACGCACCCGGAUUCCAAGGGUGCUUUGGUAAGCGAAUCAAUGCAUUAUAAUGAUGAAAUGCGGUGCGAAACAUUUCAACAGUAUACCUGCUUUUAUCGCAAGUCGUCAGCAAUAGUAAAAUCUGUGUACAACCCUUAUCUAGCAAACGGAUGGGUGUUAAAUUUAAUCUUUUUCUUGAUCUCGUGACAGACAGACAACCACCAAGACCGCCAAAAUAACUGCUUAACGCAUCAUUUGAUCUGUUUAAGUAUCUCUCAAAAUGACGCUUGUGUCAUGCAAACCAAAGCAAAACAAGAAUAAAGCCACAGCUUUAAUAACACCCCACAAAUGCUAAGGUCAUUCACAUGGUUGAAGACACAAAAUAAACAGGCUUUACUGCCUCACGCAAUUCAAGGACAUCUUACACAACCUUGAAUCAAAGGAUGAUUUGAAUGACUAUAAUUACAAAAAAAACCCUACAGUAUAAUGGCGAAAAAAUGCCAACGUUAAUACCAAAACUACAUGGUUUUUGAAAGGUUAAUGGUAACUAGUUUGCCUUCGGCUAAUUUGAAAGGUCACCAGGGCUGGUACUAUAAUAUGGGAUAUGAUGCAUACUGAUUUAAUAUUUCCGCAUUUUCCGAGAAAGCGCAGAAAGGUUGACUGCUCGUGUGCUGUUCGGAUGAACUGUUUUGCAAGCUUUUCGUUUCGCUUAGUUAACACUCAAGAGCAUCAGAUGAACCACACGAACAUACUAGAGGAACUUUCAUCCAUUUUAACACAAAGUAGGAAUGGGCGUAUGAGUAGAAUACUGCUCAUGAGUGAAUUUACAUCAGAAGACUCAAACAAAUGCUGCGUCCAGUUUAAGAAAGGAUGCAGCAGACAAAGAACCCAGAAAAAGAACGAUCGGGUGGAUUAAAAAAAGAUCAUCAAAGCAACAAGAUUUUCGAGUAAGCGACGAGGAAGGGUCAAUGCAAAGUACAGAGGGAAGACAGAACGUUGAGGCGUCUCUUCCACAAAAUUAAGUGCCAAGGUUGCAGUUAUAAAGGUAAAGGGACUUAUUGCAAACCUUAGACUAUUAAGAAAGCUGUUUGUCGAGCCACUGAGUAAUGAUAGCAAGUUCUUUCCACGACAGAAGCCAUAUUUUAUUGUAACCAGAGGGACAAAAAUUCAGCACAAAUUUCGGUUAAUCAUUAUAUGGACGCUUAAAGAAAACGAACGAGAAGCCGUAUACACCGCCAUAGUUUGAUCAAAUCUUAUGACAUCUCAUUUCACUAAGCUCGCUUGACUGCAUAAAUUAAGCAUAACUGGAUAAUAUAUUCAAACCCAGUAAUUCUCAUGCGUGCAGAAAUAUAUCUGGAACACGGGCUCAAAACCUCAUUUCACGUCAUCUCUUCACUUUACUUUCACUUUCUCUUCCAAGUUUCAAUAAAAACAAGAAAUGCGAAUCGAGGUGAGUUACUUGUGAAUAGAUAAUUUUACUCUUGUAACGGAAGGUCUCUGCAGACAUUUGUCACGAUGCAGAGAACGUUUAUCCUCCAUCAUUUAAGACUGAGUGAAAGGAAAAUGUAGCGUGAAAGUAACAGAGAAAAGCAAAAUGCUAACCUUAUCGAAGGAACAAAAAAUAAAGCAGUUGGUAAUUAUUUUAUUGCGAACAAAAACCUCUAAAUCAUCCGACCAAGAAGCGCUUGCAUUGCACUGAAAAGCGCAGCAUUUAAUGUACAUUGUAACUUGAAAAAAAAUAGUUUUUGCUAGACCCACGUUCCUUUUUACCACUUGCUUUAUUGAAAUUUAGGAUUAAUUUAGGAUAAAAGAUUUUUUAUGGGUAGGUUUUAGUGUGGAAACGUUGCUGUGUUAUUAGUUUUUGCCCAUAGAUAGAUCUUAUAAUGCGUAGAUUUUUUUGCAAAUUAUGAUAUUUUUUAAACGAUUGUGUAUACGAGUCCUAGCUUCUAGCUUGUAAUCGUUAGUUUUAUUUACUUUUGUAAAGUAUAUUGUAAUUCUGUUGAUCAGGGGAAUAUGCGAAAAACCCCAUACUCUACUUUACUUUAGUUCAUAAUCUUGAGGCCAUGUUUCCACGCUUAUCUUCCGAAAUUUCAGGGCAGUUCAUCACAAUUCCAACAAUGCAAUCACUACACAUGUCAGAUAACAGAUUACCAGGAAGAUCAGUAUCAAUACCCACUGGUAUGUCAUCAAUUUUACCAAGACUGUCAACUCAAAAUAAAUAACAUGUCUUAAAAACUUAAGGUCAUUUUCAAGUUUUACGCUGUUUCCUUUUCAGCAUGAGGACAAUGAAGAAAGACCAUAUCACCGAGUAAUACGUUCCCUUCGAAAACUUCUUAACGAUAUUGUGGACUUCACGAGACUUCAUUAUCCUACUUUACGAGAAACGAGUUACCCAAGACUUCACAUAGCUAUAUAUUCUCCAUAUAACUACAGGUGAGAUGUUCCGUUCCUUUCCUGCCAGCCACACAAAGUUCCUUUCAGUCCACAAGCAUAUUUUUUUUUGACAAUAACAACAACCUCGCUUUGAUUAUCUUCGAUGCCUUAAAUGUCUAAAUAGGCCUUUUUUCACAAAUACCCAAAUACUCUUGGCUGUCCUUCCAAAAUUUUGCAUAAGCAUUGUUUUCAAUUUCUCUUGGGACGAUUUUUGAGUCCAUUUCUUUUCCAGUGGCUAAGCCAUAACGGCUUUCUAACAUUUUUGUCGUCCUUAAGCAGAGACAGCCCAGGCAAUGGAUGGAAAGGAUUGAAUUGGGUAAGUAAAAGUUCAAUGACAUCUUGAAGACUAAAUUGACCCAAAACCUCUCCUUGCGUGGAUUUAAAAUACUUUGGCUUAAGGGGGGGAGUAUGGAGGUUUUUUGGGUGAAAUGAUGUUGAUUUGGGAAGGAAAUAUGAGGGUAGAUUAGGUAAACACAUAAACCAGUUAGUCCGCUGAUGGAUCAGAAUCACCUUGCUGUGGUGGUGGACUAUCUGGUAAUUGUCUAGUAAUUAUUCACUUGAUAUUUUAAUUUCUAACAACCCACAAACCCCAUAUUUUUCCCAUUUUCCCAAAAUUUUAAACAUCUCCCCCCCCCCCCAGCCAAUUUUUACACUUUAAUUUUCCCAAAAUUUUAAACAUCUCCCCCCCCCCCAGCCAAUUUUUACACUUUAAAAACAUUCGAAAAAUCAUCCAAAAAUUCUCAAAUAAUUAUUGAAUUAAGGACUACAACUUGUGUCAUUUUUUGAUUGACUGAAAGCCUGGCUAGAUAUUUAAGAAAAAGGUUGGAAAUCAACGAAAAAUAAUGCUUUUAACCAAACUCCCCCUUAACGAAAGAUUAAACAUUGAUUUUUGUGGUCCUAAACUAGUUCAGAACACCAUGAGCCUGUUAUCCUUAAUGGCUGAAAAAUCAAAUCAGACUAACACAAAUAUACAGAUCUCCAAAUCAUUCAAAAGGAACACAAUCUGUUUUAAAGUCUUUGUACGGCCGAAAGAAUAAAAUAUACAAAAGACUUCUGGUUUUGACUUCGACGUUUUACAGUAUUUUUGACGCUCACGUUUCAUUGCUUCAUUAUAAUUGGCUUCCUGGAAUAGUUUCGGUUUACAAUGGCAGGUAGCAGGGUGUCUACAGGAAUGAAUGCAAGAAAAUGAUCUGCAAGCCAACAAACACUGACAUUUCACUUUAAGGAAUGGUCGUAGCACUUUCAUGGUCAAUUUAAGCAAUUACAAAAAGAAGCCUGAAUUUGCUUUCAUCACACGCAUAUUGGACAAAUUUGACAUACGCAGUUCAUAUAAGAUUUAUUUCUGACACAUUUGCACAGAGGAAAAUAAAUAUUGAUUACCGGUUUGGAUGAAAAGCUUUAAAGAGUUAGAGGGUUAGUGUAGUUUAACAAUAAUGACUUAUGAUUGAAAUGCACAUCUCCUGAACGAAACAAAAAUAUAAAGCCUGUGGGUUUUACUUCUGUUAUUGAAUUGGGGAACGUUUGUAAUGUGGAACACUCCAUAUUCUUAUGGAAAUUGCCGUAAUGAGCCUAACGCAAUUGAUUUAUUAUUUUUUUUCAGGUAUCAGACGAGUUGUAAAAAUUUCAUAGUAUGAGCACUACAAGGAGUUGCAGCCAUCAUUUCAAAAUGAAAUUGUACAUAAACUUGCGCAGGAUUUAUGUUAGUAAGGGGACUUUUCAAUGUUUACAUAGGACAACACGCAGUGAAUCCCUCGCGCCAAGCCCAUAUCUGGAAGAUAUCAAUAUUGUUAAUAAAAAUGAACCUGUUUAUACUUAGUUGUCUGAUUGUAUGUACUGAAGUGUGGCAUGGCAUAAACAAUUCCAAUUACCAAAGCUUUGUUCAGUUCUAAACCGUGCCUCCAUACCCCACUAACAAACUAUCGCCCCGUGUAAGGGAGUCCAAGACAGUCUUGAAUUCUGGAUUCCACGCCGUCAAUUCCGGAUUCUUUGUCAGGGGAACUUGGAUUCCAGAUUCCUUGAUCUGUAUUGCGGAUUCCAAAGCCCAGGAUUCCGGGUUCCACAAGCAAAAAUUUCCCGGAUUCCCUUACAAGGAGCGAAAACUACAUGGUAAAAGUAGGUUCACGCUCGUUUAAAAAUAAGACUAUCUCCACAAUAUACUGUGUAGGUCUUGAGUCGGUACGAAAACCAUAGCGGAUAGGGCUUACUCAUAAGAAUGGUGAUUUCGGCCCGAUUUCUCUAACGGAGCGAAGCUACGUCGCGCCAAUCUCGCGCGGAUCACUGUGCCACACUCUGGUGUAGUGUGAACAGGUAUUCGGACCGUAGCGGAAGUGAAUAAGUAGGAACGAGGACUGGAACCCACUGGGACGGAGUCAGGAGUGAGGACUGGGAUUUAGUGCAACAAACCUCCCAGCCAACCACUCUGACACGAUUUAAUUCAAUGUGUGUGAACGAGGUGUUGCUGUUCAUUUUAUACCGAAGACCGUUUCGUGUCAACACUAAAAGCUGUCCGGUAUACUGUAGACAUGGCCUAACGUUCCAUUUACUAGGUUAGGCACCACUCAAGAGAUGGACAAAUCUCAAAAAUGCUGAUUCAAUAGUCAACAAUACCUUAGGAAGAUUUCACUAACCCACUUUUACGGACCGAAGACAUACAAUCGCUAACCAUUGACAACUACUUUCAGUUCACCGCAAAGCGAAUUUUUAAGGCCAUUUUCACGAUGACGACAUUUGACUAAAACUAACAGAAUUCAUUUCGUCUUCGCUUAGUAAUUUAAAUUUGUCAAUCUCGCGAGAUUUAAAAAACAAUAGCCUUAAUUUGCACAAGAAAACAACAAACUGAAGGAUUCGGGAAGUUGUUGUAAAAUGAUGUCAUCGUGCAAUUGUCCUAUUGAUAAAAGGUUUCCGUGACUUUUCAACAAUGAUAUUGUAAAAAAUUUAACAACUCAGUCACUUUGAUGCUCAUUAGUAUCUAAAAACUCUCAAAUCUGAUUAGCUAAAAGCAGUCUCGAUUUGCGCAUUAAUAAAGCAGUAUAUGUAGCUAAAAAAGCAUGAACAAAAAAAAGAUGGUCUUCUUAAGUGCGAUGAAAUUAUUUUAUCAACUUGUUUUUCUCAAAUGUUAUAAAUUAGUAAUUGGUACCAGAACUUCGUGUCUAUAAUUACACACGCAAUUAAACUCCCAUUUUUGAGGAUGGGAAGGACCCCACUCAGUGCUAUUAUCAUUACAAAUAAACCGAACGAAGCCACGUGCUAAAAAAAGAGUAAGAGUGCUGGCAAAGCAUACAACCAGUUCGUAGUUUUCGGUACCUGAAAGACCUUUCCCUAAUUUUACCUCGUUUAACAAUAAGAAGUCUACCUCAAAUAAACUAUGUGAGAUAAACUCUUUGAAAUAACUGACUCAUAAGUGAUACAAACCUCGCAAAAAUAUCCUAACAGGAACUGAACGUGUGCUGUCCUUUUUCCGUCCUUCACUGAACAAACAUGACUAUGAAGGUUAUGAAAAAAGCCUCGUCAUCAAGCUACGAGAACGCUGCCAGGGACAACCGCUGAUCGCAUAACGGUAUGCCUUCCUGAAAGAAAAUGUAGAAAGUUAUUAAAAAGGCUAGAAGCAUUAAAUAUACUUCAGUUCACAUUUGGCUCCUAAAUGUUGCUGAGCAAUCCACUACUAACUUAGUUACACCACAAGCUUAAAGACGACAAAUAUUUUGAUUUCCAAAAAAUUAAGCAAGGCAGAUUUUCAGGUAUACUUAAGAUGGUUUAACAUGUACAUAGAGCAAAUUAGUUGGCCUUGUCUACCACUCAUAUUACUGCCUGAAAAAUAUACUGGCCAAAUAUAUGGGCGGCUUGUGCUUGUUGAACAAAUAAAUGUUCACUUUUACAGUUGGUACAUGCCGUUGAAACAUUCCAGUAAUUUCAGGUUUUAAGCACGUUAUCUCUUACGACUGAAAUUUACCUUAACCGCAAAAAAAUUCCAACACGUGUAGUUUAGGGAGGUUCGCUCGGCAUACAGUCAAGUUUAGGAUAUUGAAGCCGCACCCCCUUACCGUCAUCCGACCACCAACACCUCCGUGUCAACAAAGUAAGACAGCAACAGCCAACGAAACCAUAAGAAGAUUGGCUUUUAAUACACGGAUUCCCGGAAGCCUGAUUUUCGAAGACCAGUUAGGGUUAUAAUCCAUGGUUAAAAAUAUCCACAAUUCGCUUUACUUUCUUAUAGCAGGUUACGAGCCGUUGUUUUGGGCUAACACAAGUACGAUUUUGGGUAAAGGCAAAAAAAAAAUUAUGGUUAUAUGAUCCUAGACUACAAAGAAAUGGUUUUAAAAUUUCCUUAAACCUUGGGUUAAAGUUAAUCACUCCACUGUACUCCGGACCCGGCUUAACACAUUUAUCAUGGUUCCUUCAUGACAUCUAUCUACCGGAAAAUACAUUCACAGGUCUAGACUACUAGUAGUCCCCAUUUUUCCUCGGGGAUAGUAGAGCGAGCGAAACGCGAGCGAGACGCGAUUGUUCGUGGGCUUUGUCUGUAGUCCCUCAUUUUUCCUCUCCCCCCGCGUCUCGCCUUUCUCGCGCGGGGUGAUUUUCACGCGCUCUCGAGUUUCGCCCGCUCUACUAUCCCUGAGGAAAAAUGGGUCAACUCGUUCUCUAUAUUUAGGUCCUCAAAGCAACCAAAUUUCUAAACGCCUUAAAUCCUGCACUAUUUACCAGUUUUACUCUUGUGUUAAUUUAAAGAUAAUUUUUCAAAACACCUGCCGUAUUAAAUUUUUCUUUCCAUACCAGGACCGCCUAAAUCGCUCUCAAAAGAUCGAAAGUCAUGUAUAAAGCUUGUUGUUGGAAUUGUAAUGCUUUUUACAUUGGUAUAACUAAGCGACGGCUUCAUGAUAGGAAGACUGAACACUUUAAGUUCCUAACAAAAUGUGAUCACUCCUUAGCUAUUGCUGACCAUGUCACUGCCACCGGACAUAACAUUAAGUGGGAUCAUUUUGAAAUUUUAGCAUCUAGCAAAACAGGUUUUCAUUGUAAGGUAAAAGAAACUUUGUUUAUACAAGACCUUAAGCUUCUAAUGUCAACAUCAGCAGUGAAAAGCUGAUGUUUUAUUAACUGUCUCAUUUUGUAUUCAUUACCGUUAAAGAAUUUUGAAUUCUUAAUCUCAUUUCCAGACCCAUUGAAAAUUUUUGUAUAUUAGUCUUGCCAUUAUCUUAAACGGUCACUUAAGAUCACUUUUAAAAAUGUAUGUUGAAUAGCAUACGAAACGCCAAGUUUAUAAAAAUGCGAAAGUUCACAAUGUUCAUCACCGCUGCUUGGGUUUUAUUUUUGAUCAAACUACGAUGGUUCAAGAACCAAAGUUUCGUACCGUAUGUUGGUGUAGAGGCGAGGCUCUGAAGGUAAGAAAACUUCCUUUCGACUAAGUGCAGGAGUCGUGUGUUGCCCGCCACCAAGAGAGUCGUUUUCGAGAGGUUUUUACUAUUAGGCGUUAACUAUAGGAAUAUAUUUUGGUCCUUUGGAAAGUUGGUUGCUUAUGGGAGGUGGUCGCAUAUAUAGGAAAGGUCGCAUACGAGAGGCUCGACUUUAUGGUACUGUACGGGGCAUCUAUUUACCCCCUGGGAGGCCUUGGAAAGCAACCGACAAUAGAACAUGUAAAGGAUAUUACAUGGCCGAACGGGGAUACGAAAUUUCUGCUUCGAGUGUUGAAAAAUAUUUCACGAGUGAGCGCAGCGAACGAGUGAAAUAUUUUUUUCAACACGAGAAGAGAAAUUUCGUAUCUCCAAGCGACCAUGUAAUGUUCUAUUUAUUAUAUAAAUUAUAUAUUAUAAUGUUCUAUUUAUUAUAUAAACACCAAUGAAAUACCAAACCAUUUUUGGUCUGAAAGGUGCGGUUUGUUAUGAAGCCAUAUCAAAGGUGAUAUUUUCACAUGUGAAGAUAACAUGUUAUUUUCACAUGUGAGGAUAUCAAGUUUUCGGGCGAAAGCUCACUUGGUAUUUCAUUGGUGUUUAUAUAAUAAACAAACCUAACUAAUUUUCUAUGGACUUGUUAAGACAUGAACUUUUCGUAUACAAAUGUUUCGAUUUUUCAUGAAAGCGGACGUUUCUUAAAAACUCAAACUGUGAAUAUACUUUUUUUUUUCUGAGAAAGCAGAAUUUGUAAAUAAAAUUGAACUGGCUGAACGUAAUUCUGUUUCCACGGCUCAGUUUGAAGCUCCGAACACUAAACAAAGCGCACAAAAAGGAAAACCAACUGAGUAAUUGAAAGUGCGUGAUUAUUGAUCUUCGAUGGCAUUAAAUUUAUCGCGUGGUAAUAUAUGGAGUCGUGCAAAAGUUCGAACCUCUGUCCUCCAGAUUAGAAUAGACAUACCUUGUAAUAUGAAAUGCCGUACACAAAUGUUCGGAUUAUGUAUUGUUGCACAAGAGAAGGUUUGGACAUUUUCCAUUUAUCCGACGUUUGCUGAAUGAUUUAGUCUGAUGAAUACCAUUGAAAUAUAACGUUGGCAUAAAUUCAACUUUGUAGAUCUGGAGAGUUCUUAAAAUAGAGCUUUACAGUAGACAAAAGCCGAAGCCUAAAAACAAACAAACAAACAAACAAAAACAAACAAAAAUUCUCUUUUCGUUUUACACAAGUUCAAAAGCCAACCUAAGAAAGAUGGGAAUAAAGCUGGAAAAAGAAAAUGACGUUUUCAACUGAGGAAUUUAUCCACAAUAACACAAAAUCACGGGGCUGCUUGAACCGAAAGACAGGUGAUUUAGUCCUUUGACAAACAGUCCCAUGACAAAUAAACAGGGGAAAACAAGAGCAACUCAAGUUGAGGUGAGCGCUUCAGUAAACCGGACAGAAAAUAAAAUGAUGCUUUCAGAGGUCGCAAAUGCAACAUGCUUAGUGGUGAAUCGACGUGGAGUUGAAAGGGUUCAAAAUAGACACAAUUCAGUCAAUAAAGAGUUUGCAGAACUUUUCCUGAAAUUCUUUGAAUGAUUCGGUAUCCAAUGUCUAUAUUUUAACAUGAAAAAGCUGCCGCCAAUAACUAGCCGCAUGACCACUUUAGCCGGGUUGACCAAAUCAACCAUCAAAUAAUGAUGAUAAAAACGUAAUUAAUAACAGAUGAAAAAGUCAUAGCCAAUGGGUGUUUUGCACGUGAAGCUUCAAACAGACUAAUUCGUCUCAAAAACUACAUUUUAUAAUUUUGUUCCCAAAAAGCUCUACUAAAAAUUCAAAAAAAUAACAUGAUAAUACUUCCCGAAGUUCCGUUCCUAUACAAACGAUGCAGUGUUUGGCACACGUACUUGUUGACUACGUGUUUCCUUGGUACGUCUUUUCCUAAGACAUCUGCCGCUUUCGCUGCUGUUAAGUUCGCGUUUCUCUGUGCUAAUAGAAAGUAAAAAUAUUUCAAGCGAGAGUAAACUCUCUAAACAAAAGACAGGAUGACGAUGGGUUACUGUUAACAUGACAAUUCCCUUUAUCGACACACCGUCGGAGAGCACGGUCGGACGUGCUUCUUUGCUUCUCCGAUAAGCUUAGAACUUUCCAGAAGCUUACUUAAAGAACCUAGCACCUCUCUUUCAGAUGACUUCAAAAAGAGAUUAAGCAGUUUCUAAAAACAAUUGUCUGGAUAAUAUGUUAGAAAACCUGAUACUGAAAAUGUUCAGAACAAAUGGCGUCAUAAUAUUUUUACAUUCUUGAGGUUUCUGUAAAGUUAGUCUACCAUGAUCGUCCUUAAAUGUAAAAAAGACUUCUAUACCAAUGUUCAUUAUAGAUUUACGUAACCGAUUAAUUAACUUGGUGGCGUUUAUAAUUCCGCCUUUACAGUCCGACGCGCUUGAAUGGUUGAGGUCAUGACCCUAUUCAGAUAUUUUAGUUCUUAUUUUUCAAUAGACUUCAUACGUAUGAUGCCACGGAAAUCAGGCGUCCACUUAACAAACAAAAUUCACGAGACGCUUGACAGUUUCAGUGAAAGGGAAUCCGCCAAGCAGUCAACUUAGAUCAAAGACUGUUUUAGUUAGCGCCUUUACUUUUGCCCUUGUAUUUCUGGAUUUAUCGCCCUUUUUUGUGUCUGACCUCAAACACAAGAAUGGGAAACAAAAUCCAGAAGUAUGUAAAAGCAUUAGAAGUCCGCAGUCAAUUGCUUUUUAGUGGAGAAGACAGUUCCAGCAUCUCUGUUAAUACAGUCUAACGAAGACCAUUGUGAGACAGCGAGUCAACAAAGAAACAGCAAAAUGAAGACAGUCGAAACAUCGACGAUCAUGUUAAUAGAAACAGAACAACUGGGACAUCUGAUGGUAUGUAAAAAGAACUAAUUCUGCUAUUUCAUCAUUGCUAUUCAAGGAGAUCACUCAACUGUGUUUAUUUUUCCGCGCAUUUCAUGCACAUGUAUUGUAGUAAGCACAGCUGCCCUGGAAAUAAGAAAGAACUGCCACUCUAAAUUGGAAAUAGGAAUCCGAGUUAAUCUGAAGUUCUUUCACGCAUAAAAGUGUUCAACGCAAACAUUUUUUCCAAUCUCAAAGACACCUAAAGCCAUAAGCCAGAAAUAAGUCGCGGAUCAAUAAAUACCUUUAGUUGCAUUAAGUAUCGAUAUUUAAUUGAUAUUCAAAUUUACCCAUGAUUCCACUCAUUUUACCCAUUUACCCAUGAUUCUCUACACCAAAACAACGAAUACCGAUAGAUAACGUGAGCUGCAGUGUUGUGGGACAAAAAUCGAAAAAAAAAAACUUUAUUUUAUCCAUUUAGAAGGAUUUCAGAGAUGGAAAACCUUGGGCAGUUGGAUGGCCUAAGAGAACAAAAUAACGGAGAUUUGGUAAGUUCUUUAAAUGUAAUCUAUGAACAUUUCGUUGGCCUUGUCAUUGCGGGCAUUGAAAACCAUUUGUUAAGCACUUGCGACUGAGUUUUACUCGUUGGCGCUACCUACUGUACGUACACUGCGAGUCAAUUCAGGCUCAAUUCAAUAUUCUCUCACAAAAAUGUGCGAAUAAGUAUUUUUUCAGUCGAAAGUUGAGAUGAUAGCACACGUUGUUGUAAAAACUUCGGACAGUAAAGUUGUGCAAACAUUGAAUGGUACAAAAGAAAUUGAACAAGUUUCACGUCAUCUACUGUUUUUGCGUUGAAUCUGUGCACCUUUCAGCUACACGUUAGGCGCUAUAAUGGUGAGCAGAGGGGGGUUUGCGUUUUGAGAACCGGUUUUUAAGCCUUUAGAUGGAAGAGGUUAUAGAUGCUUGAAUAGAAUCCGCUGCUCCGACCUCAAAGACUUUCCCAGUGAAUGUUCCUCUCCUGGUGGUGGAGAAAAAUCUUACUAGUAAAGGUUUGCUAGAGGACUAAAAUCUUAAGUUGAAGCCUGGCCCUCUCUUUCACUUCACUUAUGCGAUGGCUAUUUUUUUUUUUCAAAAUUUAACGAAUUAGGAGUUCUAUAGACAAAUACUGCGCCUCAGAGAAAGAUCCCUGCAACAAAAUCGUGAACAUGGUGAUGGAAGCAACGGACAAGCCGGAUUUAACUUGGUUAUGCAGUGUCCAUAUUGUCUUAGGUAAAACGACAUUUCACGCACUCUUUCUCUCGUAAAAAAGCUGCCUAUUAAAUUAUUAAAUAGUAAGUGCAAUCCGCAAUUAGACCAAACGAAGGGAUACUGAUCAAACCGCUAGGUAUAUAUUGUUGUUCAUUCAGCUGUGUGUUAAUUUGAUUUUCUAAAUAAAAUGGUGGAAUGAAUUGAUAAUGUAUGAUUACUUCUGAGGGGUAGGAUACAAUGAAUUUCAAGCCAUACAAAUCACCCAAUCUUUGCAUAUAGUUACAACUGAAAAUAAUUGAGUCGAGCAGUAUGUUACUUUUUGUGAUCAAUCAUCUACGUGACAAACCGGUUUAUUGUUAAUUUGUCAAAUUUGUUAAUUUUGUGUACAAAUUAAAUUGAAUAAUCGUCCCCCAUUAUAUUUCUCUAUUCAGUAAAUAAUUUUUACUCAAUCUUGCCAGUGUAAACUUGAAUUACAAGUAACUGAAGCGUGUUCUGUUGCCUUUUUCCAUUUGCAGUUUACUCUAUUUUCUUUCAAACUAUAUUUUUUACAUGACAGAUUUGCACUGGAAUUCUUUUGUCUUUUAUUUUACUCUUUCAUUCUAGCUAAUUUUCACUGCAAUUAAUUUAACAGAAUUCUUAAUGUCACCAUUGAUAAUUCACUUUGACUUUUAACACAGGCAUAGCGAGGAGAAGAAAUUGUCUCAGACGAAAUGGGUUUUGUCUCUUCCAUCGGUAUGUUAAAAAGUUUAAUCUUACCAUUAGCCGUACUUGCAACUGCAAUCCAGUGAGCCCUCCAUAACACAGAUCAGAAAGGCUGUAGUAAAACAAAAGUAUUAAUAGAAAUGAUUUAAUUAAUAUCAAAAUGGCAUUAUUGGAAAUCACUCGCAAUUUCAGGGCUGCAGCAUGAUACUAUGCGUAAUUGUUUGCCCGAACCCUUUCUCUCCCAGAGUAAAUGGUGGCUCUUGUAAGAUGUUUCUAACUUUUGAAUCUGUGGUGAAAAUCUUAUGGUGUUUACCAUUCAAAUUAAUUACCAUUCAAAUGUAGCAGUAUUUUCAUAUGGUGCAAUUUAUUUAGUAUUUAGUUCUAACUUGUGUGUCUGUGGAAAAAAUCCUAUGGUGUGACCAUUCAAAUGAAUUAUUCUCUUCAGCAGUAUUUUCACAUGGUGCCAUUUAUUUAGAAUGUGGUUCUAACUUUUGAGUCUGUGGAGAAAAUCCUAGGGUGUGACUAUUCAAAUGAAUUCUCUUUAGAAGUACCUUCGCAUGGUGCUAUUUAUUUGGUAUAUAAUUCUAACUUUUGGGUCUGUAGAGGAAAUCCUUUGGUGUUACCAUUCAAAUGAAUCCUCUUUAGCUGUAUUCUCAGAUGGUGCUGUUUGUUUUCCAACAUUCUACAAAGUGAGUUUGGGAAAUUUUGUUUAACUUUUGAUUUUGCCCACUUCUGGGAGUUAAAAGGCUAACAACUGCUAUUAUAUGCCCUUCAUUGUACAUGCUUCACAAUAAACAAUUUUUUAAUGUGAUACAGUUGUUGACAAUCAUACAACAGACCACUUCUGAAUAAUAAUUUGACACAGGCUCCUUUACCCUUUACCCUGCAGUAGGGGUCAGAAUUCUUGGACUGGCUAAUUCAAAAUUCCUCUUGAGCGGUUGAGCUUUGUGCAAAAUGGGCAUAACACUGUUGUGAGGAGGACAAGGAAAUGGGGCCCUUGAAGCACUGGAAAAAAUGUUGUUUAGGAGGAAACGCAUAAUUUAAGUAACGGUUUCCCUAUUUGCCCGAGUACCUUCGACAUUCGAAGUGACAGAGAUUAAAUACGGAACAAUUUUUUACUUAAUAAGCGCUCUACAAUUUAAAUAUUAAAUUAUGAAAAGUGAUUUUUUUAUCGCACACACUUGCCAUCGUACUGUGCUUUGCAGAACUGAAUAUAUUAGCCUAUUUUGUUUUUCUUUUCAGGUUCCAGACAAACUAUAGUUACUGCAAACAGAUAUUUGGAAGCUAUAAACGACCACUCAAGUGUCCACUUGUUUUAGUGUUGUAAAAUUUUUCUUUACUCCUUUUUCAAGUUCGAUGAUUUAUGUCAUGAGGAUAAGUCUGAUUUUUAGUGGAACUGUUGAAUAUUAAUUGGUGAAAUGACGUAAGAAGAAGAAUUCGGCCCAAUAAGCUAAAUGUCAAUUCGCCACUUGCACACCUCGCAUAAUGCACCUUAUUUGCCCCCCAGAAUUUUGCAUACCCUUUGUUUUCAUUCCUCCUCGGGAAUUACAGCCGUCCCAAGAGAAAUUGAAAACAGUGUUUAUGCCAAUUUUUUUUUUUUUUUUUGGGGGGGGGGGGGGGGGGGGGGAAAAAAGGUGCAGUGUGGGGGAGGGGGAGGGGCGAGGGCAAAGAGGGUAUAAAGAAUAAUUUAUAAACAAAUUCCUUGCGUCACAAGGCCGUUUGGUAAGUUCAUUUUACUUUGGGGUCCCGUAUAGAGGAGCGAGGAGUUUUUCCAACCCUAUCUUGUCAAAUUCAAGAUGCGUGGUAAUAACCUCUUCACUUCGUUUAUGUUCGUUGAUUGUUUCCGUGUUUUGCUUUACUGCAGUUUCUUUUUUUUUUUUCGUGGGGGGGGGGGGGGGGUGGGGCCAAUAAGGUGCAUUAUGGGAGAUGUGCAAGUGGCGAGUGAAGAACGUUAUAAGAAAAUAUUUAUAAACCGUUUCCUUACGCCAGAGGAGCCAGUUGGAAAUUAAAUUUGAUUCGGCGUGCACGAAAGAGUGACCAGUUGAUUUUUGAAGUGCUAUUAAAAGGUGUGUUCUAAGAGGCUGGUUUCCAUUCAAGGCAUAUCCAUAUAUUUAAAGAUCACAUUAUGUACAUUAACUGUUAAUGUCCUUGUUCAAUGAACUCUGUAAAUCUAUGAUGACUGUCAAUUUAAAACAAAUGCGCAUAGAGAUGUAAAUAUUAAAUAAAAUUAGGGUUAUGUCUAACAGAGCCCGUUGUCUAUUGUUAUCCUCUUAUAAUACCUCCCUCCUCAAAACCGCUCCCUACAAUCCCAGGACCAUGUACGACAUGGACCCAAUUCAAAAAAUGGCUGCCGGAUUAAUAUUCUUUUGUUUGAAUUAAAAUUAGCCUGACUAGCCAUGCUUGAGAUAAUGUAUUCGUUUGAAUUUUGUACUGGAGAACGAGGCUAGUAAGGCUAAUUUUAAUUUAAAUAAAAGAAUAUUAGUCCAGUAGGCAUUCUUGCAUUGAGCCUAUGUUAAGUCGGACUACAACAUGUAAAGCCCAACAUGUAUCUCCCAGAACUAAUCUGGUCAGUUCUUCAACAAGUAUUUCUCGUCCUAAAUGAAUUCUCUGAGAUCAUUUACAUGCAUUUUGAUCAUUUACGAAGCCAGUAUGCAAGAUCUAAAGUUAUCUAAAGUGUUUGCACAAGGAAACUGAUAAGACAGUGGGACUUAAAUAUAAGCAACACUGUAAACAACAGCGCUAGACAAGCCCAUGUUGACUAUAAACUACAGAUUAGUAAAUAGUGAUAUUGCAAAAAACAUCAUAGUUGACUGACUUCCAAAGAAAUCGACUAAGCGCCAGCUGGUGGACCACGUGUGAGAAAAAAGGGAUGAGACAUGCAUGGGAGAAAAGUCAAUACUUUAACAAAAUAGAAAAAAAAGAAAUCGAGAGUAAGGAAGGCAGAAUUUGUCAAACUGACAAAGCUGACUAAAAAAUUUGACGAUGUUCACUGGUGUUGGUCUGUUGGAGUGUGAUAUUUAAAAGGACCGUAACAUGUACAACGUAAAAACAAUGCCAUGCCUGAGAAAAAAAAUGUGAAAGGUCGCGUCCAACAUUGUUGUGAAAGCUGUUCAGACGUGGUCCACAUAUUACGAAACGAUCCGUGGCAAACGAGGGCAAACAAAAAAGAAGAAAUAUUGGAUGCUGUUGUUAGGUGAAACUGGUGUGUUCAAACGAGUCCGGCAUGUUAACCGAAAAUGUUGGGUGAAGUUGGGUUGCAUCUUAAUCCACAGAGUGGGGCUUAACUCAGUGCCUUAGAAAGCCGCAAACACCAGGGUUUCUAAAAUAAUGGAGUGGCACCCAAUUCAGCUUCACAAGAGGACUUUCUUUUGCAGUACUGAAUUAGGCAAUAAAGUUCGACAAUUUUAAUAACGAAUAGCAAUAAUUUCUAUUUUGAAUUAACCGAAAAAAAAACAAUCUAAAAAGGCGGUCUCGACUGCCCGUACGUUCUGUUUAUUGGCAAGCCACAACUCUAACAUGACAAUCCAAUCGAUUUGACAAAAAAGGCUGAACCAACAAGUAAUUUAUGAAUCUCAGGGUAACACAUGGUCCCAGUGUCGCAUUCGAUAUCUUUCGGCAGACCUUUUUUUCCUGAACAAAAAUCGGACAACAACACAUUCCGUUGUUGUUCAAUAAAAGCGCUGUAGACUGGUGUUUUAGCAAGAAACUUGUAAUUAAACCUUCCUUCCUUGUCGCGUAAAUUGUGACAAUUUACGCGACAAGGACAACAAAAUACAUUUUAAAACGAAAGGUAAUAUGAUGAGCGACACUUACUUUCGAAUCCAAUUCAAAAUGGAGAGUAAGAAACUGAAACAGGAAAAGUCAGCAGAUUCCUGUACACCGGAAUAAUAUAAAUUCUGAUCCUUUGUAAGGAACAUAUGCUUACUAUAACAAACGGUUUCUUUGUGACUCAAGAGUGGCAGAAAUGACUGAGUUCGCCUUACGCAGCAUGUUCGUACUCAAGUAGAGUAACCAAAAGCAGCGCAUAUAAUUUGCGAAAGUGUUGCAUUAAAUUAAGAGUUCACUGAUUUGUCGCCAGGACAGGAUAACCUUAUCUUGUUUGCGCCUAAUACCAAAACGACAAAUAAGUAUAAAUAAAAACCUUUAAAUUCUCCUGAGACGCAGUCUUCGUUCAUCUUCAGGCAAAACAAUUCAAAACGACCGCCAAAUAUCCAACUGAGCUACAUUGCGCCACGCGAGAACAGUUUUUUUGCUAUACCGUUCAAGACACGUGGGCGGAAAUGCGAGAAGCCUUGACCCCCUUGCCUCGCCCUAAUUUUAAUCACACAGUGAACGGAUAUACGCUGACUAGGAAUGCAUCCACGCAUUGCUAAAAUCUGUCAUUCAGUAAUAAGAGUGAUCAAAGCGUAAAAAUUAGAUUACUUAAAAAACUGGCACAUUCAUGUGGCAAUUGCACACAAGUUCUAAAAGACAGAAAACAGUUGAUACCUGAGUAGCACUGUCUAUUUAAAAAUGGUGCUUUUAAGCAUUUUGAUGAUCCUUGCGGCGGAUUUCCACUGUCGCACAGCGCAUAAUAUCAACGAAUCACAUAGGAUGCGGUAACCCACGUCUUUGCAGUAACCUACGCCUUUUCACGCUACGCUUCGGGCUUAGAAAAAACCAGGAUUCUUCUUGAAACUAAUAGAACUUAUAGCAUCGAAGACAAGACCAAUAUGAAGUUACACUGAUGAUCACGAACUUGUAUUUACUCACUUGGCCCACGAUGAUUUACUCUUGGAGAAAAAAAACUAAAGGAAAGAAAAGGAAAAAGGAAACAAACAAAAAAUUCCCAAAGGAAAAGUGCAUGUCUUCUCUUUCAGAAACACGCAAGAAUAUUGAACUAAUUCUUGGUUACCUCACUUAGUAGUUACAGGCCCUUGCAGCUAACCCACAGGCCUGUGCCGCUCUCUUUCACCAUUCAGCAUUUAAACGUUCUAAGAAAAUUAACAAUUGAAUAUAUUGACCACGGAUAAUCGCAAGGUAGUCACCGUGGCGCAAUUAUACAAUGCAAAGUCAAUCGAAUGUAACAGACCUGUGGGCAGAUUGAGGCAGUGUGGUCAAACGGUCAGAGAGUCGUCCAUGUAUUCUGUAGGCACCGAGUUCAAGUUCUUCCGUUACUACCAGCUUUCUCGGUAGUCCCGAACUCAACUCCUCCAACAUGCUAGAAGACUACCAUCAGAGGUCUGCCUCCUGCCAUUUGGGAUUCUUAAUCUUCUGCUUAUUCGAAGAGUUGGCUUUGGUCCCAAAUUAAGACUUUGCGCUUCACUAAAUACUGCCCAAGGUCAAUGGUCUUUGAGUACUAUCAAUAUUGUUAAGAUCGGAUAUAAAUUAAUAAUCACUUUUAGCGCAUGUAGGUAACUUGGACCAUAAUGUUUUCACGUGUUUCCCUAGUAUUCAUGAUUAUAGUAGUUUAUGGGAUCAGUUCUUUAAACACCUGGUGCGCUGUUUUUGUCGACCAGGAUAAUACUAAUAAAACCAGGCCUGCUAAUGUAGGAAUGCAUUAAGAUCUCUUGCACUGAGCUGGUUAAUUACAUGGAAAAGACAAACCCGCAGCAACAAAAGCUGAAGGCUCUACAUUAGGUACAAAAAGCAAGACGAGGCUAGAUCAUUAAGCCGCCGAUUCAAACAAGACACAAGAGAGGUUUAUGCAGAGUUUAGUGCGUUGUCCAAUGCGGAAGAGGAGCUUCCUAAGUAA